AUGACCGAUCUUGAAGCUAAUAUCGCCUUAACUGAUUUGAGUCAGGAUAAGGACUAUAAAUAUACUCUCCCACAUUGCCUAUCUUCCAAUGAAUCCGACAACAAUGUAGAAAAUGCUUCAAAUAAGUUUAAUAUUCAAGAAAGUACUGAACCACCUGGCAGGAUUUACACUUCUGGCACUAACAAUGAAUAUAUCUAUAUCGGGCGCCAAAAAUUUUUAGCAGAUGAUCUACGUCGAGCAUUCGGCGGUACCUUGGAACCAGGUCUAGCACCUGAGCCUCGUCACAAAUUUGCUAACCCUGUACCAUUGGGAUUAUCUGCGUUUGCUUUGACUACAUUUGUGCUAUCGUUGUGUAAUGCGGGCGCCCAAGGUAUCGAUAUUCCAAAUGUUGUAGUCGGGCUUGCCAUGUUCUAUGGUGGACUUGUUCAACUUAUUGCAGGUAUCUGGGAAAUUGCAUUGGAGAAUACAUUCGGUGGUACCGCGUUAUGUUCGUACGGAGGAUUUUGGUUAAGCUUUGGUGCAAUUUAUAUACCAUGGUUCGGUAUACUGGAUGCAUAUAAGGAAAAGGAAUCUGAUCUAGGAAAUGCACUGGGUAUAUAUCUGCUUGGCUGGACCAUUUUUACCUUUGGACUGUGUCUGUGUACUUUAAAAGCUACUUUGAUGUUUUUUGCACUAUUCUUUUUAACUGCCAUAACGUUUCUCCUCUUGGCAAUUGCGAAUUUCACAGGGAAUCAUCACGUUCAAGUCGCAGGUGGUGUAGUGGGGACACUUGACGCGUUUACAGCGUGGUAUAAUGCAUGGUCCGGUAUUGCCACGAGACAAAAUUCCUACAUUAUUGCACAUCCAAUACAGUUACCCACUAAUAAUAGAAUUAUUGGAGAACUUUGA